AUGGAAGAAAAAAAAUACAUUAAACGUAAGGAAAAAGCCGCAAAUGAUGGAAAUCUUGAACAAUUGGCAGUCAGUUGCAAUAAUUUAGGUGAUUUCUAUAAUCAACAUGGCAAGUAUCAACAGGCCGCACAAGAGUAUCAGCAAGAAGCGGAGCUGUAUGAGCGGCUACAUAAAAAACUCGAAAUGGCAAAGGCACAUCGUAUGAUCGGUGAAAUGUGUAUGCUAUUAAGCGAAUUUGAUAACGCUAAGCAACAUAUAAACACAUAUUUAAAAAUUGUUAAAAAUUUACACAACAAAGUAGAGGAACAACGUGCGUAUGCCACAUUAGGCAGAGCAGAGUUACUUUAUGGACAAAGUCUUAGUGAAACUUCAUCAAAAGGUGGUAUGGACCAAUUGAAACAAGCUGAAAAAGCAUUUCUAAAAAGCUUGCUUCUUACUAAAGAACUAUCUGGUCAGAUAACGAAAUUAGAACAGUUGGAUAUGCAGGCUCGUUGUUACUUGAAUAUUGGCGUUGUUAAGGAACAUAUGGAAGAUUUUGAAGAAUCUAUAACUUAUAUAGAAAAAGCUAUCAAAAUCAGCGUAUCAAAUGACAUUUUCGAAUUGACACAUUUAUGUUAUAUAUCGAUGAGCUUGCUUUAUUUUUAUAAAAAGAAUGACGCGACGUUAGCGUUGCGUUAUUGUAAUUUGGCACUCGAUAUUGCAAAACGACUACCGAAUAAAGUUAAAAGAAUAUGUGAAACGUUGAUUACGAAAUCGGAAAUAUUAAUUAAAGAAGGUGAUUUUGCAAGCGCAAAACAAAUAUUGACAAAAGCCUACAAGAAAAAUACGCCUGAUGAAAAUGAUCGUAAUACUAUCGAAAAAUCUUUACGAGUUGUGGUUAAAAUAUGCCAGAUUUUGGAUGAGUUAGUUACAAUGAGCUCUCUGGAUUAUGUAAAUCGAAAAAACUUAUAUGAAAAAUUGGGCGAUGCUUGCUGUCAGUUGCACAAUUACGUUAAAGCCUUGGAGUACUACAAUCAAAUGCUAAAAUGUGCCCAACUGAAUUCGGAAACUGGUAGAAGCUUAAUUCCUAUUUAUGUGAGCCUUUAUCAAACCUAUAAGGAUAAUAAAGAAUAUGAUAAAGCGUUAGAAUAUCUGUGGUUAGAAUUUGAAUUGAAUAAAAAUGAGCCAGCUGAAGCUUUUUCAACCUUAUGCAGCAUUGCAGAUAUAUGUGAAAUGCAAAAUCAAUCAUAUUGGGUUAUACAAGAUAUUUACGAUAAGGCUAAAAUGUUUGCUUCAAAAUCAGAUUGCAUCAAGCUGGAAAAGAUCGCAUAUGCGCGUUUAAAAAAAUUACAAUUGAAACAUAAUAUGGAUUUUCUAGUUGAUGAUUUAAGAAAAGAAGCUGAAAGUAAAGGUUUAGACAUUAGUAACAUUGAAGAUGAAAGUGAUAGCGAAUCUGAACCCGCAGAAAACAAUGAAAACACACCAGAAUUUGGAGAUGAUAUCUGUUUAGAUGAUUUAACAGAUUCCGAUAUGAGUGAUUUAGAUGAAACCGAAAAACCUAGACCACAUCGUGUUACGAGAGGUACACGUUGUUUAACAAUUAAGAGAAAUAAUAAAGGAGAAACGCAAUUGCAUCAGGCUUGUAUUGCUGGUAAUUUGGAAUUAGUGCGACGCUUAAUAGAUCAGGGUCAUAUUGUAAACGUUCGUGAUCAUGCUGGUUGGAUACCAUUGCAUGAAGCAUGUAAUCAUGGCUUUCGCGAUAUUGUAGAAUUAUUAUUAGAUCGAGGAGCCACAGUAGCGAUCAAUGAUAAAGGAGGCACCAGUUGUGAUGGGAUAACACCUUUGUAUGAUGCUUGCUCUAAUGGUUUUCUCGAUGUUGUGGAACUUUUACUGGAAAGAGGUGCUGACCCAACACUCAAAACUGAUUUUGGGGAAACUUGUUUAAACGGACUUGAUAAAUGGCGUCGUUCAGCUAAUUUAACAGAAGGAGAACAAUGUCAAUAUGUACAAAUAAGACAAACAUUGUUGAAACCUAUAACGAAAGUAGGUAUAAACUGGAGUGAAAAUGUGACACCAUUGACAAAUGAAAAUGUGGAGGUUAACAGCGAAGGUAUUUCUGAUGAAGAAAAUGAUUUGGUGGUGGCAAGUACUAGUAUGAGACGGAGCAAUCACAACCGAUCAGGUGGUAGUGGAACUAUUUUAAAGUCUCCAAAUAAAUCUUCAUCUCGUCAAACAAGUGUGAGUGGUGCCAAAGAGUAUAAAAAUGUUAUGGCACAUCUUAAGCACCCUAAUCGUGUAAAUAAUGUAAAUGAAGACACAUUUGAUACAUUCCCUACAAGUUCAUUAAAUGUUGCUAAGCAAAAACGUUCUGCUCUAUUAGAUGCAGAAGAUGUAGAUGAUGAUACUUGGUUAAUAGAUGAUAUUGGGCCAGAAAAAAAGAAACGUCGUUUUUUCAAUACAAAUACUGUAGAAACGCGUUCCCCAACAAAAAAAUCUCAAGAAUGCGCAAAUGUAAUAGUAAAUCUUGAUACUUAUGAUCCAGAAAUAGAUGCCUAUGAAUUAUUACUAAGUGCUGGUAAUGCUAUGAGUUCUCAGCAUAAACAAAAACAGAAAAAGGGCUUAAGUUUAUCACGUUCUUCAAGCAUGAGUAGUAGUAGUUCAAGUAUUUCAACGACUAAACAAAGGAAACCGAAACAUCAAACCUCCUUAAUAGAUAAUGGUUUUCUACGUUUUCGUAGUGACAGUCCCGUUUCAAGCGAAGAUUCAAGAGAUAGUAAUCUAAUGUCUACUUCAAACAAACGUACAACUGAGCCGGAUUCUACUACAACAUCAAUUCAUCUUCUAAUCUCACCGAAAUCAUCACCUAUUAAAGUACAAACUGCACCUAUACUAACAACGGUUUCUUUUAAAGUCAAAAUAGAAGAUGAGUUGUUAUUGAUACCUAUAGAACGAAAAAAAUUAAAUGACGUUAAUAUACGUUGGUUGGCCGAUGAGGCAGCAAGACGUUAUUAUAAUUUAGUAGGCUUAAAACCGGUGCUCCGUUUAAAAACGGCAGAUGGAUUUGCAUAUGAAGAAACGGAUUCUGUUACUGUAGCGGUUGAGCAAAAUAUGAUAUUGGCUACUGUGCUAGAGUGGAAAUUAUCACCAUUACCACAAAGAUACGAUGAAAUGUGUCUUCAAUUAAAUAAAGAAGUCAAUCAGGAUGUACAAACUGUUCUAGAACGUGCACAGUCCUCCAAUCUUAUAGAAUUAAAUGAUUUUUGGCUUAAUUCCCAACAAACUGAACCACUUUUUAAAGCGGUGAUGCAUCAAACAAAUCUUCAAGUGCUCGAUUUAUCAAAUAAUUUUAUACAAAACCAAGGCUGUGUUCAAUUGGCAAAAUCGUUACCAACAUUGAAACAGCUGAAAACGCUAAAUCUAAAAUGUAAUUUUAUAACUGUUGAAGGUUUGGAAUCAAUACUAAGUUCUGCAGAUAAAUUAGAAAACUUUACAGAACUAAAUUUAAGCCAAAAUCCGUUAGGUAAUAGCAGUUUGCGUUUAUUAGACAAAUUUUGUAAUAGUGUAGCAGGUAAAACACUACAAAAGCUUAACUUAUCACAAUGCAAUUUAACAAGUUUAUACGAUUAUGAUUUGUGCUAUUAUCAGCUUACCGAAUUCAAUAUGAGCUUUAAUAAUCUAACGGAUGAAUCAAUACGAAUUUUAUUGACUAAAUUGAAUCCUAGUCGAUUGCAAUAUCUAAAUUUAAGUUACAUUAAAGUUAUUGAAAAAAAUGAUAAAAAUCACCCGGCGACUGUUGAUCGUUUCGUUGAAUUCUUCGAAAGCGGAACUUGUGAAAAGUUUAAACAUAUUGCAUUCGCUGGAUGCAAUUUAAGUGAUACACAAAUUUAUAAAAUUAUUCAAUGCUUAGAGAGGGCUAAUGAUUUGGAGGUAUUGGAUAUAUCAGAUAAUUCAAGAGUGAGUGCCUUAAGCUUACAAUUUAUUUUGGAAAAGCUUCCGCAAUUGCGUAAAUUGGUGGCUGUAAAUUGCGAUGGUAUGAUUGAUGAACAGCGCUUGCAAAGUUUAUCGAAGCUGGAACAUUUUCCAAAUUUUAUGUCUUUAACGAUAUCAAGUGAUUGUGAAGAAAGUGAUUAUAAACAAAAAUUAUGUUCUUUGUGGCAAAACCAUUGGUGUGAUGAAGCAAAAAAUAUUUCAUUUGGGGAUAAUUUAAUUCUUUAUCUAAAUGAGACCGAUUUGAUUUCCUGAUAGCAUUGGGUAUGUUGAUAAAUGUUUGUUUUAUAUGUUUAUUUAUUA